AUGAAUUGUAAGUGCUGCCACUUUCCAAAUUUGUCAAUUGAAAGAUAUGAAAUCUUAAAAUUGGCUCAAAAAAAAAAAAUAACCAAGGAAGAAAAUAUUAUGCAAAAUAAGAAAAAAGCUACAAUAGGAGAUAUGGCAAAAGGGCCAAGAGCAUUUGCUAGACAUCACACAAAGUGUUGGAAUAACAACCACUUUGUUAAUGUUAGUAGACUUAGAGCUAUUAGACAUCUUAAAAACGGUCUACAUAAUGGUAAUGUGUUGCCUUUGAAAAAGGUAAGAACGUGCGCUCAUUUCGUAAAAAGAAAUAAAGGAAUCAACACUAGAGGAAAACUAAAAGCAAUGAAACAAUCACACUUGUCUAAAAAUUUAUGUCACUACGAGGAAAAAAGUUCCCUGCAUCUCUCUGAUAAGUAUAUUGCAGAUAUACGUAACGCCCAAGAGAAGGACGUCAAUAGAAGUAGUGCUGUUGGAAGUGAAAUUGAAAGUGAACCGAAUGGGGAAAUAAUGAAAAAUAGAACUUAUAAAAAAUUUAACAAGUCUAACAAUAUAAGCCAAACAGAGAAUAGCAACAAAAACAAAAGCUGUUCCUUAAGAAAUAUUACGAGCCUCAAUUCAUUUCCAAAUAUGGACACAUAUGAAGACAUUUCAAAUUGGGGCCAAAUCAAUGAUCAUGAAACAAGGGAUCCAAAUUUGUAUAACCAAUCUAAUACAUUUAGAGAAGAAAAAAAUAAAUGGGAACCAACCAAAGGAAAAAAAAAAAAAAAAAAAAAAUACAUUAACAUAACAAAUGCUUAUGCAAUUUGUCAAAAUGGACACUCCUUAAGAAGCGAAGAAAGCUAUACCACUCUAGAAACACAUAAUGAUGUGCUUUUAGAUAAAGAGAAAAUAGAACAGAUUUGCAAAAUGAAUAAAACUGAAUACAACGAAAAAUUAUUAAGUAAAAAGAAUUAUUUAAUUCCUGAUUUAGCAAAUAUUCCAAGAGGAGAAAAUGAAAAUAUGUCUGAGGAAGGUAAAAGUGGGUGCAAUAGUGAGUAUAGUAGUAUUGACCGUACUAUUGAACAGACUAAAGAACAUAGUACUGUUAUUCAUUACACCAAUGAAAAUGUCAAAGAAAUAACAAAAAAUCAAUGCAGAUUAUCCAAAGGGAACGAGAUGAAGGAAAUAGCGAAAACUAGCGCAGGUACAUCUUUACCAUCAAUGAAAGAGGAAGAAUCCAAAGAGGAAAUAAAUUUAAAGGAAGAAAGAUACUUUAAAAAGAGCCUUUAUGAAGACAUUUCAAAAUGCAACUUAAUUUGUGAUAUAUAUAAAUAUUCCAAAGGGGUGAAAAAUAAGGAGGGGGAAGUCAUUGUCAAUUCGAAAAACAUGUCUGAUGAUGAACUUGUGAAGAAUCAUAGUGUGUCCAUAAAAUCAAUGAAUCACAUAGAGGAACAAGUAUCAUCAGAUUAUCAGAGUACUAUAGGAAAGAAAAAUUAUUAUGUGAAUGCAGAUGAAAGAAUAUAUUUUAAUAAUCAAAGCAGUUUAUCAAAUACUAAUGCGAUGGAAGGGAAGAGUGAGAAUGUAAAUGAGAAAGAAAAAAGCAUUCAAAAUGGUGAAAUCCGUAAUGAAAAUACUCCUAAUGAAGUAGCUACUAAUGACGUAGCUCUUAAUGGUAAAACUCCUAGCGAAGAAACCCCAGAUGAAGAAGCCCGUGACGAAGAAACUCCUUUUGAGGAAUCCCCCAAUGACGAGGAUCUAUGUGAAAGAAAAAUAGAAUACGUAAGAAACAAAUUAAACCAUCAUUUGUACCAAAAAUUAACUGACGACACAGUAACGGAAAGCACGAACCACACUUUCUCCGAUUUCAAUGAAAGCACACAUAACAACAGUUCUUCGAAAAGCACUAAAUUAUUAUUCAGCACGUGUACUGAGGAAGAAAAAGAAUUAUCUGAAAAAAUUACUCUUCCCAUAUCUACAACAAGCAGUAAUGCAAAUAGCAUAAGUGUGUACAUGGAUUCACCUUCAUCUGUAUCCGAUGGAAGUUUAUGCAAUGAUGUAAAUAGAAAAAAAUUGAAUAUAAAUGAGUACUAUAAAAAGGAAAAUACAUUAUCGAAUAUACUGAAAAAAGUGGAUUGCAUAAACUCAACUCCAAUGAACAACACAACCUUUAGUAAUCAUAAUAUCAGUGAUAAAAAUAACAAUAGUAGGAGAAAUGCAGUUACGUAUAGUCCUUUACCUAUCUAUAGGAAAAUAAUUAACCCUAUUAUGGCAAGCCAAGUACAACCUGUUGGUGAAGAAAAUAAAAAAGACACAACAGAAGAGUCCAAAAAAAUAGCCAAUUUGAAAAGAAAUAUCGAUCAAGACUUAGAUUACAACAUAAAGAAGAAAUUGAGAAUAGAAGAAUAUUCAUUACUCAAUUUAAAUAUAUAUAAAAAUAGUGCAUCAGAUUUACACAAAAAUAACAGCUAUAACACAUACAUAUUAAAAAAUCUUCAGGAUUCCUAUUUAAAAAACAAAUUGUACAAUGUUACAUAUAACCAAAUGAAUAACCUCAGUGUUAAUAAAGAGAACGCAAUUUCUUCCCAUGCUGAGAGUGAUUCUUCAAGUCGUACUGAACCGAACAAGAUCAUAAGUGACCACACAGAUGAAUAUAACGAAACAGAUGGGUGGGAUUUUAUUAGGCUGACAAACAAUGAAAUGGAUCAGAAAAUUAAAGGAACAAAAAUUAUUAUGAAUAAAAGAAUGCAAAAUGAUGAAACGCAUAGCUAUUACAAUGAUAUAUUAAACAACAUUGAGUGUAGCCAUUCUCCUCAGUUUAUAAAUAUCGACAAUGUAUGUAGAAAUAACUCGUUUAAGGAACAAAAAUUUAACACUAUAUUUAAAAGAUACGAACCACCUGAUAAUCAUUUUAACAGUAUAUAUACGCAAGAUGUAAGUUAUUCUAAUUUGUUAAAGGAAAAAGUAUAUGACAAUGUUCAAUUGAACCUAAGUGAUAUAAUAAACCUUUUAGAAAAAGAAAGAAUUGGAAACUUAUAUAGUGAAGAAGAAUUAGAAUCCAUAAUGAUUCCUGUAUGUGAUGUUUACUAUGAUUCGAUUAAACAAAAUUGGUUAUGCAAGUAUGACAACGUAAAUAAAAUUCCAAAUCUAAGAACGAAAAUGUUCUCUGCCAAAUAUCACUCGUACCACCACUCCAGACAAUUGGCAUUGCAGCUUAAAUACAAUUACAUAAAAAAGAAGUAUAACAUUUUUAGCAAUUUAGAGGAUGAGGAGAGGAUGUUCUUUGUUUGCAUCAGCAAAUUCGCAACAAAUGAUGGGUACACACAUGAAGGAAUGACAGAAGAAGGUAAGACAAAUGAAGGUAAGACAAAUGAAGGUAAGACAAAUGAAGGUAAGACAAACGAAGGAAUGACAAACGAAGGAAUGACAAAUGAAGGAAUGACAAAUGAAGGAAUGAUAAAUGAAGGAAUGAUAAAUGAAGGAAUGACAAACGAAGGAAUGACAAAUGAAGGAAUGACAAAUGAAGGAAUGACAAAUGAAGGAAUGACAAAUGAAGGAAUGACAAAUGAAGGAAUGACAAAUGAAGGAAUGACAAACGAAGGAAUGACAAACGAAGGAAUGACAAACGAAGGAAUGACAAACGAAGGAAUGACAAAUGAAAUUCUAAACUGUCAGCAAGGGAGAAACCCAUCUAAGAAGGCUCUUAGAGAUGGUCAUGGAUGUGAUGCUACUUACGCAAGCAUUUCCCAUAGACCAGAUAAUAUAAGAGAAGAUAUAAAAAAAACGAAUAAAAACUCGAAAAAACUACAAAGAGAAAAGGAAACAGAAGAAAAAAAUUACUGUCAUGAUGACACAGAUGAAAAAUAUGACGAAUCUAAAAGUACGAUUAAGGAGCCCAGGAAUGUUAGUGAGUUAAAUUUAAAUGAAACAAUAAAUGUGUUAAGCACUGAGAUACCCUCCAGAGCUUCCACACCGAAACCACAUGAGGUCACUUGUACACACCACUUAACUAGUAGUCAAAUAAAAACGGAUUCUUCUAGUCAUAACAUAGUGAAUACACAAAAUGGUAACUACUCUAAAUGGGUUGAAGAAAAUUCCAAAACUAACAUUAAAGAGAAAAAAUGUAUAUGUGUGGAACAGAAAUCGAAUAAUAUUACAAAGAAAAGAGAUAUCCAUGAAGAGUACUAUCAUCCUAUUAGCAUUAGCUUGAAAACGCGAACUGUUCUGUAUAAAACAUUAGGUAUAUCUUUCUCAAAUGAUAUGAUAGAAAAAAUCCAAAAUUUACCUAGAGAAAAUAUAUUUUAUGAAAGAGACAAAAAAAGAUGGGUUAUCAAAAUUUUCGAGAAGAAAACAAACACUUUGUUAUAUUUCAAAGAAUUUGAUUGUACUGUUUUUGGAUUUGUAUAUGCGUGUAUAUUAACCAUAGAACAUAAGCAUUUAUACUUAGAUUACUUCUUAAAUGAGAAAAACUAUGACUUUCUAAUGUAUCUAAUCCAGAAUAGCUCAUUAAAAGGAAAACUCUAUUUCAAUACAGAAAUUCGAUCAUCGUACAUAGACAGCGAUACGUAUCACUCGGAGGCCAGUAUGCGCUUCAUAGAAGGUGUUAAUGAGGACACACUAAGGAAAGAAACUGGUAUAGAAGCAUCAGACGGAGAAGAAGAAAAAGAAGAAAAGGAAGAAAAGGAAGAAAAAGAAGUACUGGAUGGACUAGACGGACUGGAGGGAUUGGACCGAAUGAAAGAAGAAGGGGAAGAAGCUGAAAAAAAAGGGAUGGGUGCAAAACCAAACUUGAACGAAGCGAAAAAUAAACAAAUAAAAUCGGGAUAUAACCCUAACUUUGCAUAUUUGGUAGACAAUCCAUAUACAGUUUGGAAUGACAAAAUGGUCAACGGAAUUGUAGAAAAUGAUCAAACAAAAAAAUUAAGAAAAGAAGAUUUAAUACUAUAUAAUAAUCGUGCAUCAUUAAAUAACCAAUCACAAGUAGAACAUAUUGUAGCAAAUAAAAAAUAUACUUGGAAAAAUGAUUUUCGAACAAUACCAAACAAAAUAUUGGAUAAAUCUCAAAAGAGCCCAUACUAUUUUCAAAACAAAUUGGAUCGACAAUAUUUUAUUAAAAGGAUAGAUACAAACAUAAAUUGUGGAGAGUCAAAAUUUUCUUUCGGAAAAGAAAUGGAAUGGACUAAAACAAAACACUUCAAACAAAUGAAAAACGAAAAAAACAAAAAAAAGGAACAACAAAUAACAGACAAAAUACUAAAAAAUUGGGGCAUUGAGGAUGAAGGAAUAAAUAUAUUUAAUAACCAAAAGGUAUAUAUGGAAAAUUAUAAUAUACAUGCAAAAAAUAAUAAAACGAUAACUAUAAGGAACCAUAGAAAUAGUUUCUCGAACGAAGAAAAUAGUUGCAAUGAGAGUACAAAUACACUGUAUACAAAUUGCAGGUCCCAAAAUAGCGAAAUUUGUAACGAUCAAAUAAUAAAAGUUAAGGAAAUUGAUGAUAAGAAUGUGAAGAAAAUCAAACAGGUAAAUCAACUAAGACUGAAAAAGGAUGCUUUAUAUUAUAAGAAAGCAAAAACUUCAAGAGAUUCCCUAGCAAAUGGUAAAGAUCCCACUCCUACGAUGGAUCUAAUGCAAGAAGAAACGGACAAUUUAAGGAAAUUAGAUUCAUAUGUAGAAACAUUAGAUAACAACACGGAUGUAAUAUCAUUGGCGAAACAAACUAUUCUUUUACUUCUUAAAGAUAUUAUAAAUUGUAUCCCAUUUCAAAUGGCCCCAUCUAUAAUUUCAAAAAAAAUUUACUACCAAAAAAUUAAUGCCCAUGUUAAAUUUGUCUAUCAUUCGAAAAAUAUCCUCGAUUUAAUGCCAUACUUUUUCAUAUUCAAAAAUGUUAUUAAACAAAAAACACUUCCCAGCGAUCAGUCCCUUUACAUGUGCAACGUUUUGCUUUACGCCUUGUUUGAGGCCUAG